AUGAGCGCCCUCCGACUGUCCCGUGCAGCGCUGCGCGCCAGAUCCGCAGUCGCUUUGAAGCCAGUUCAACGCAGAGGCUACGCCGAUGCUGUCUCCGACAAAAUAAAGCUUUCCCUGGCCCUCCCUCACCAGUCUAUCUACAAAUCGCAAGACGUCGUACAAGUUAACAUCCCCGCCGAAUCCGGUGAAAUGGGUAUCCUCGCCCAGCACGUCCCUUCGAUCGAACAGCUAAGACCUGGCUUGAUCGAGAUCAUCCAGGAGAGCGGUGACAACAAGCAAUUCUUCCUUUCCGGAGGUUUCGCUGUCGUCCAGCCCGACUCUGUUCUCAGCAUCAACGCCGUCGAAGGUUUCCCUAUUGAAGAAUUCAGUGAAGAAGCCGUCAAAUCCCAAAUCUCCGAGGCUCAGAAGAUCGCCAAUGGAAGUGGAAGUGAGCAGGAUAUUGCGGAGGCCAAGAUCGAGCUUGAGGUUCUCGAGUCGUUGCAGGCUGCCAUGAAAUAA